AUGUCAAAUCAUCCAAAUUUAUCCUUAAACUUGGAAAUCAACUCAUCAAAAUCAAAAACAAAUGCUAACUCUUUCUUCCCGAUCCGUUAUUACAUCGCUUUCCUUGGUUUCCUUUCAUCGGCAAUCAUGUUUGCCGUUCGGUGUAACUUAAGUGUAGCCAUUGUCGCAAUGGUUGAUAAUGAUGAUAGAAUAGUGCUUUCAGUGAAUCAAACAAAUGAUAAUAUAACCUCUGAGUUGAAAGUUGAACCAUAUAACAAGGUGCGCUUUACUUGGUCUGGUGAAGAGCAAGGGAUCGUUUUAGGUUCCUAUUAUUAUGGCUAUGCUUUGGUUCAAAUCAUUUCUGGUUUAUUGGCAGAUAAAUAUGACCCAGUUCAUCUUGCUGUUGGUACUCAUACACUUGCUUCCCUAUUAACCUUACUAACUCCUUAUGCAGCAUCCAACGGAAUCAUUAGUUUAGCUAUUGUUCGUGGUCUUUUGGGUCUAUCCCAUAUCUCUUUACCUUUAUGCCUUAUGCAAGCUGGAAGUAACAUUGGGAUUGCUUUAGUUAUGCCUUUAACAGCGAUUAUGUGUGAAUCAAUUACACUUGGUGGCUGGUCUUCGGCAUUUUACUUCAUUGGUUUAAUUAAUUUAAUUUUACCCAUUAUUUGGAUAAAAACGGUAACAACAGAUCCAUCUGAUCAUCCUUGGAUCAGUGAAGCUGAAAAACAAUUGCUUGCUCAUUCAAAAAGAAACUCAAAGGCCAAGGUUAAAAUCCAUUGGAUAAAAAUCUUUACAUCAACUGCUCUAUGGUCUUUGGUAUUAUCACGAACUGGUCAAUCACUAUUCUACAUGAUAAUUACGACCAAAAUUCCGGCAUACUUUGAAUCAGUUUUAGGUAUCGGAUUAUAUCGCAAUGGCAUUUUCAAUUCAUUCCUCUAUCUUGCCAUUGCAUUUUCACAACUCAUUUCAGGACCAUCAGCCAAAUAUAUUAUUGACAAAGGUUUUCUCGGUCGAACUGUGACCAGAAAAAUCUUUGAAACUCAAGGUAAGGGCAGUAAAAUAGCUAGGAAUUGCGAUUUGCUCGUUUUUUAUUUCACCUUGUUGAUUCCUUGCAUUUGCUUGGUAAUCAUUCCCUUAAUUGAACCAACAUCCAAUACUGUGAUGUGCCUUUUGGUUGUCUCUUGUUUCUUCAUGGGCUUUGUUUGUGGAGGCCACAUGCCAAUUGUUUCUGAAAUGUCACCAGAACUGUCGGGAACUAUUUUUGGAAUAACCAAUUUCGCUGCAAGUUCGAUGGGAUUUUUGGCUCCAUUGUUGAUUGGUGUACUCCUUGAUCAUGGGGACGAUAAAGUGUAUCAAUGGAAUCUUGUCUUUUAUGCAAGUGCACUUUUCAUGUUGAUCGUCAACAUUAUUUUUUGUAUCUUUGCCACUUCACAAACACAACUAUGGUCAUCAUCGGAUCAGGAUGACUCAAAAAUCAGGGCUAACAGAUCAAAUCUGUUUGUUAAAACAAAUCUUUCUUCGGGUUCACUGGCAAUUGAACAAUUUGUCAGACAAUCAACUAAUGUAAGGACCGAUUUCAGUCCAAAUUUACACCAUAAAAGGCUUGGAAGCUAUUUCAACUUUGAUCAAUAUUACAAUUUAAAUCGAAAAGUCGAAACCACUAACAAUUGUGAAUGCCAGAAAGGCAAUUUAAACAAUCAAAAAUUGUAA